AUGCGGUGCAUCUUGAUGAAGAGUGAAGGAAAGAAGAAAUCCAAAUUCAAAGCCUUCAAGAACCUUUUUGGCAAGAGGAAGAAAAAAGAGCUGGAAGAUGCCCAGGGAGGGAGGAGGCUAAAGCCAAGCUUGUCCAGCGGCAGUAUUAACAUCUCUUCUCUGAAGCCGGUUCGGGAAGGUCAGCGCACUGAGGCCAGGGCCAGGAGCAGCAUGGGCAGCAAAGCCCUGUCCCACGACAGCAUCUUCAUGUUGGAUUCUGAGCCUGAAAUAUCAGUAAGUAGAAUCUGCCCCUCUCCAGAGCCCCAGAAAGGCAGACCUCUACAGAGAUCUCAAGUCUCCAGAACUCUGCCUAGAUCUGGGACUAGUAAUGUGCAUGGAGCUGUUUCUGGACUUAUGUUUGGAGCUGUGCCCCUUCAUGUGCCCAGAAGUGGAAUGUGGAUUGGGGACUCCAAGAUCACUGAGGUAAUAGAGGGGAAUUGGGCCAACUACAGCCCCCCUCUUCUCCGGUCUGACACAAUUUCUGCCGACUUUGAAGAAAUCUCUGUUGAUGAGGAGUCCCCACAUAAGAAAACUUUACCACUCAAGGUCGUGACAUUGAAGAGCUCCUUUGAGCCCUCACCUGGACCCAUCCACUCACAGUCUUUGACCACUUUUGCCAUGAUUGCCUCUCCCGGCAGCACUCACCUGCCCAUGAGUUUCAACACCCCAGCCACUACUAAGGGCUGUUUGGAUUCCUCAGCUGCUCGACACAAGAUGGCUUUAAACCCCCAGAAACAAAAGAAGAAAAAGAACCCUCAAACCACUGGGAAAGCAAAGCAAGAGGAGCCCACCCUUCUAGUGGUUUCUGGAGAAGAGAAGAGUACAACCAUACCAAAAGAAGCUGACAAAAAGAAGCUGAAAAAAGACAGCGCAGGUGUCUCAAGCCUGAAGCAGAGCAAGGGAACUGAAAUUUCUGAUAAGGAGACAGCAGACCAGGCUGCAGGAGCGGACGCUGCGGGGAGUCAGAGCUCCCCGUUGUCAGGAGCGCACGGAAGACGUCGACCCCAAAAAGGAUCAAGUCCUUCGGGAUCGAGUGAGUGUGCGCCCAGUGGAAGCAGCCUUAAGCAGUCCAUUCGAGGGCUUGGCCUAGCUGAAAGGGCUGGGUCCCCGCCUGCCGAGAAGCCUGCCGGAGAGUGUCUUCUCUGGAACCUGUCUCUGGAGCGCCAAGUCAGGGAGCCGCCCACCACUCCGCAGGCAGAACGCGCUACCCCUCAGGAGCUGCUUCCAGAUCAAGAUGACAACGGAAAGAGAAAGGCUGGGGCAGAUCUGGACGCCGGAAAAGGCCCGGUGUCCCAAGCUGUACCGGAAGACACGGCAGAGUCCGUGGUCGGUGGCUCAUCGCCGUGCCACGAAGAUGGGGCCUCCGGAGGCGAGCAGCCAGAAGCCAGAGCUGCUCGUUCAUCGGCGGCGGAAAGCCUUUCUCCAACCCCGGACGAUGUCCUCUUCUCAGGGGCCAUUGAGGCCCAAGUGUUCAUGGAUCCUUCUCAGACGCAGUCUGAAGGGGAAGAAGCUUUCAGCUUUGAUGUGCAAGCGAGCAACUUGAAAAUGGCGUCAGUUCAAGAUAGCCCCGCUGUCUGCAGAGAGAAGUCUCCCGGAAACGUCCUCCCGGCCUUCGCCGCGAGCAUUUCAGGUCCGGCAAGUGCUUUGGCCGAGGGAGGCAGGUCUGCGGAGAGGCUGCCUUCCAGAAGCCUCGCCUGGGCGGCUGAAGAAGCGUCCUCGGAUCCAGAGGGUGCUUCCGAGGAGGAGAGCGGUUCGGGGCAGCAGCUGCUUCCCAGGCCUUCUUCCCAGGCCCUGGGGAAGCCUGCCGAUGACCGACAAGUCUUCACCGAGUCGGAAAGCUCGGCCGCGCGAGCGAGCGGCCCUGAGCUGCAGCUGGCUGCGAGCUACUCUCUCCCGGCCUUCGGGAAGCCGGCGGCGGAAGCGGCGUCCUCGGAUCCAGCGAGUCCUUUGCAGGAGGAGAGCGGGGCGCAGCGGCAGCCGGCUCCCACACACCCCUCCCAGUCCUUGGGGAAGCCUGACGGUGACCAAGAGGCCACAGACUCAAAAAGUUCUGCGGACUCGGGCAGUUCUGACGAGCGGCUGACGCCCACCUGUGCCGUGCAGGCCUUGCAGGGGCCCCAGGACAAAGGCCGCACAGACCCCCACGGUCACGUGGAGAAGAAGCACAACAGUGCUGGUGCCUGGAGCAGCUCCGAGGAGGACGUGCCUCCCAGGCCCCCUUCCCAGGCCUCGGGGCAGCCCGCAGACCAACAGCACGGCGCCUUGGCGGCGAAGCACCUCCCCGAGGACUGGGAGGUGUCCGUGGGGCGGCUCGCUCUGACCUUUUCGAGGCCGAUCCUUCAGCAGCAAGCGUCCUCGGGGUCGGCGAGGCCCGCGGGCCCUCCCCGGAGCAGCCCCGCGGAGCCGGCGCCCGCCCGGCAGCCCGCCCAUCCCUGGCGGAGCCCUCAGGCUGAGCAGCAGGCUCCCGCGGGCCCCGCGGGCGCCGCAGUGCAGUGGGCCAUUGCUCUGGAGCCGCCGCCGCCGCCGCCGCCGCCGCCCAGAAUCUCGUCUAAGCGCCUGCUCAGGCCUUGGCCUGAGCAAGCCGGCUGCAAAGGUCCAGAAAUGGCUGCCGCCGUCGGGCCGCCGCUAGACCCCAUCGCCGAGCAGGCGACCCGGGAGGACCCCGAGUCCCCGGCUGUGGAGGGGAGCAUUUCGGUGGAGCUGCCGCCGCCCCGCCGUCCGUGCCAGGCGGUCGUGAGACCCGUCAUUGAGCAAGGGUGCCUGGGUGCCGAAGGCGCUGUGGUCAAAAAGAACGUCCCUGGGCAGCCGCCGCCGCUGCCCGGAUAUCAUGCUCAGCCCCCGACGCGCCCUCUGGUCCCGCCACGGGCCUCUGCCAGUCCCGAAAGCCCGGCAGCUUCUGCGGAGCCUCUGCCUCUCAAAGUGCUUGCCCAGGCCUCGUUGAAGGCCAGAGUGGAACCGAAUGUGUCCUCGGGUCCGAAGGGCGCCGCCGCGGAGAAGGCCGUUUCAGGGGAGUCGCAGCUCCCCCCAGAUUCUGCUGCGUCCUUGACAAAUCCUAAGGCCCCGCAAGCAUCCGAGACGGCUGUCGGGGAGGGCCCGUCCGUGGAGCCGCCGCCCAGAGGCCCCGCCCAGCCCUCGGUGAGGCCGAAAGUCCAGCCGCAGCCCUGCCCGCUGGCCGCAGUGGGAGCUUCGGCUGCCACCGCCCGGCCCGCCCUGGGUCCCGCCCUGGGUCCCGCCCUGGGUCCCGCCCUGGGUCCCGCCCUCGGCCCCGCCCUGGGUCCCGCCCUCGGCCCCGCCCUCGGCCCCGCCCCGGUGCCGGGCCCGGCGCCCCCCAGAAGCGUCUACCAGUCCUGGCUGAGCUCCUCAGGCGAGCACGAGGGCUCUGUGAGUGCCCAGAGCGCUGCUCUGGAGUGGGGCAUUUCUCUGGAGCCGCUGCCCCCGCCGCCCCCGCCGCCCCCGCUGCCCCCGCUGCCUCCCAGAAAGCCUUCUCAGGACCCCAGGAGGCAGGGAGCGGAGCGAGCAGCCUCCCGGCGGUCGGCGAGCGCUCCUCCAGAACGGGACGCUCCUCCAGCACCGGGCGCUCCCGCGGCCGCCGCCCCGCGGAAGCCUUCCAGAUGCUCUUUCCAGUCCCGGGGGAACACAAAAGUCAAGCAGCCCGUCUCCGAGGCUCUAGAGCGCGCCGAGGCCCUGAGGAUCAUGGCUAUGGAGCAGCGGCACUCUCUCCGAAGGUCUUCUCAGGCCCUGGCCGCAGCAGUGGUCAAGCCUCCGGCCUCCGCAGCUCCAGAAAGGGCUGCCACCGAGGAAGAUGCUUCUGCAGAGCCGCUGCCUUCCAGGCAGCCUUCCCAGUGCCCUGGGAGAUGCAAAGGGCAGCAAAUGUCGUCCAGUUGUGAGAGUGCUCGUGCCGAGGCGGCCGUGUCUGGGAAGCCAGUGCCUUCCAAGUAUCCUACCCAGGUCUCAUCCAGGUCCAAGGUUCAGGAGAUGUCCUCCCGUCUAGAGACUACCGCUGCGGAAGGAGGCUCGGCUGAGAAACCGCCGGUGCCCAGGCAUCCUUCCCGGUCUUUUGUGAAGUUUAUGGCAGAACAAGUUUUUUCUGAGGGCCCUGCCCAUCCUCCAUCUGCGAAUCAACUUUCCAAAGCUCUUUUGAGGUCUAAAGUCCAGUACCCAGCUUCCUCGGGCCCAGAGAAUGCCAGUACCGGGGGAGGCAUCUCGUCGAAGCUGCUGCCUACAGCACGCCCUUUACAGCCCCCGAGGGGGCCCGAAGGCCCCAGAGCGGUUCUCCCACAUUCAGAGAGUGCCCCCGCGAAGCCCAAGCAGAGCAGUUACAAGGAGCUGCUGCCGCCCGGACACCUGUGCCCGGCACCAGGGAAGCUCGCGUCCCGGCAAGUCUCCUCCCUGCUCUCUCAGGGCUCUCCUGAAAUACAGAAGCACUCCAAAGAGCGGCUGCCUUCCAGAGGCCUUCCCCAGGCCAAGGAGGGGGCCGAAUUGCAGCCCCAGCUUUUCUCCCCAGGCCCCGCGAAUGCCCCUGCAGGUUGGAGCAGGUCUGAGGAGUGCCGGCCUCAGCAGCCUGGACGCACUCCCCAGGCACCCGCCAAGCCCGAACGUCCGCCCCAGGUCUGGCCAGGUUCCGCGAGGGCUGCCGCUGAGGGCGCCCUGUCUGAGAGCCGCCCCGGCAGCUGGGCCCCACCAAGAGGCCCGGCUUCUCCGAGCAAGACCAAGAAACAUCGCCAAGGCGCUGAAGACCUCAUUAAGAAUAGCCUGCCUCCCUCUACCAAACCCGUGAAGCUCAGCACGGCUCCUACCAGGCAGGCAUCCACUGCUGGGGGCACUUACUCCAAGGGGGAAGGUCUCGAGAGCGGCGAUCAAAGUAACAGCCAUGCAAACGUAUCCACCGGUGGGUCUGGUGUUGAAACCCUUUUUGGAGUUCGCCUAAGAAAAGUCCCUUCCUUGAAGAAGCACAAGAGUGAGAAACAAGACGACCUUACCAAGCUUUCUUCGCUCUCCUUGGGUCCAGUUUCAUCUUCCACAUGUAAAGAACAGCGAAUCGGAAGAAGCGUUUCCCAGGGGCUCCUGGGCACUGCAGAGAACCCCGCCACAGCAUCUGACAUGCUGGAGAAGCAACAGAGCAGGCCCAAAUCCGAAAGUGUGGCCAAGAAGCAACCCAUUUACAAGGUCCCAGGAAAGGUUCUUGGUCGACAGUCAGAUUAUGCCGCCUCAGAGCCAGCUUGGAUAACCAUGGUAAAGCAGAGGCAGAAGAGCUCCCAGGCCUACAUUCCUAAGAAAGAGGCAAAAACCAAGAACAAAGCUGGAGCCAAGCCUGAGGCCAAAGAGCCUAGACAUGGGGGAGAACCUGUGGCAGCCCACAAAACAUUCCACAAGGAGUGCAAGUCAGAGGUCAACAGUUUUGGAUUUGAAGAUCAGAAGACAGCUCAAGUGCCCACCAUGGCCAAAGAAACCAGGCAGUCUUCAACUCUCCCAGCUGUGCUCCGUGAGCCAGUAGAACCGGAAGAGCCAGUUUGGUUCUCCCUGGCCAAGAAGAAAGCCGAAGCUUGGAGCCAUAUAGCCAAAAUCAUGCAAUAA